AUGGCCGUCCCAGAGCCCACCACCAGGCGGGCCUUCCGCCGCACCGACGCCCACACUCCAGGCACGCCCAAAGUCAAGCUGGUGACAGAACCACUGCCCCUCCCGCUCGACCCGAGCUCGGUGUUGAUCAGGGUGCACGCCGUGGCGCUCAACUACCGCGACGCCAAUAUUGCCAACGGUGGGAACCCGUGGCCGGUGACGCCGCACGGCAUCCCCUGCAACGACGCGGCGGGCGAGGUCAUCGCGGCGGGCGACAAGGUGCGGGGCCUCAAGAUCGGGGAUAGGGUGGCGCCCAUCGUGGACACCGAAAACCUGACGGGGCGGGAGCCGGCGCGGUCGUGGCUGGCGGCCGAUGAGGACGGGGUGUUGGCGGACCAUGUCGUGUUUGAGGAGUGGAAGGUGUGCAAGCUGCCCCGAUACCUGGACUGGGUCGCGGCGAGCAUCAUCCCUUGCGCCGGCACGACGGCUUGGGCGGCGCUGAAGGGAGUGGGGAUCGGACAGAGUGUGCUUAUUCAGGGCACGGGUGGCGUGAGCAUGUUCGCGCUCAAGCUGGCCCAGAGUGCGGGCAUGAGGGUUGUGUUGACUUCGUCGAGCGAUGAGAAGCUGAGGAGGAUCAGCCAGCAGUUUGCGAGUCCGUCACUCGUGACCGUGAAUUACUCAAGGAAUCCAGAAUGGCACGAAGAUGUUCUGAGGCUGACUGAGGGUAUUGGGGUGGACCUCGUCGUCGAGGUUGGGGGCUCUUCGUCUCUGGUCAAAAGCUUGAAGUGCACUCGGCGCGGAGGCAUUGUCAGUGUAGUUGGCUACCUCAGCAAGCAGGACCCUACCCAGAUGGCAGAGCUUCUCCCAGUCAUUAUCGACAGGAGAGUGAUUGUGAGAGGCAUCAACGCUGGCUCCAAGAUUGACUUGGACGACCUUUGCGCAGCACUGUCAGCUACGAGAAUCCAAUUUGACGACAUAAUUGACUCAGUAAAGCCAUUUGAAGAUGCGGAUGAGGCGAUUGAGUAUGUGUGGCAGGGCAAGCAGGUCGGCAAGGUUGUGCUUCGUCUAUAG